UUUGCUGUAUUUCUCUUGUCUCUUUUAUACUUAAAUCGUCGGCUUUACAAAACAUCAUAGUGUUAGUUUACAAACAAUGUAUAACUUGUUUGAAGUUGUUCGACUGUUGUCGGUUGGAAAGGAGCAGGGUUUGAAACAAAAACAACAAGUUUGUGUCACGAAGUAUGCGUGGAAGGAGGAAGGAGAAAUAAGCCUCCUGGCUCUAGUGUGUUCAAAUGAUAGCAUUCUGCUUCGCUAUAGCCUCUCAGGGAAACCACCUCAUAUUAAACAGUUGUCAUGGCUACCAGAAAGAGUGAUUGUCUCCAUGUGUUUUGAUCCUACUGUCACGUGGCUUCUUAUUCUGACCUCAAAACCAGAACUCUUCAUUAUUCCAGCUUUCUCAUUAAUGGAACCUAAAGCAAUGGUUAAUCAGAUCUGGAAGACCGAUGAUGCAACACGGAUAGUGAUGGACAAAUUGAAAGGUGACGUAACUGUUAUAAAAUGGUGGCACACUCUGGAUGAUCAACAAAUUGCAGUCAUUGGGUCGAAGAGUGGUGAGCUUGUAUUCCUAGACUUGAUUCACCGUAAAGUUGUGACCAGCACUAAAGUAGAUAUGGCCAUUUGUAAACUGGAACUGGUGCAGGAUGACCAGCAGAUGACCACCUACCUUCUUAUUACAGCUGUUCAUGGUCAUCAGUGGAAUCUGUUCCUGGAGAGUCAGACAGAGAUGGUCACCCAACUGUCACAUGACCAGGCGAGUGGACAACUGGCCAGUGAACAUCUCGAUAUCCAGGGACGACCAGUAAAGAACAUUCUUGUUACAUCAGAAGAAAACAAGGAAAUGUUAGUUCCUGCUCGUUACCAGCAGUUUCAGCGCUCUGUGUCACUCACAGCUCAGUACGCCAAGAGCAGACAUUUCGUGACGGCUCACUGUGACAAAUCCUCAACAUUACAGGUGUAUGACAGUGAUCUGGAACACUCCCCACUGUUCGUGUACAAGCUUCCCGUGGGCGUGUAUAACGUCAUUCUGACCGAUCGACUCAUAUUCUGCACCUCCAGACUGAGUGGAAAGAAACUGCUGGUGCUGUCUAAUCAGAGGGCAGAGAUCUCACUGGCAAAUCACCAGACAUUCACAGAAUGGCCUGAUAUACUAUCACAGAUGGAUUUCAACAAAGAAGCUAUUGUUCAACAGUUUGAUUUGCCAUCAGAGGAAACUAUUCUAGGUGUUGAGAAGAAGAAUUUCCCCUUUUACUGGCACGAAAAGAAAGAUGAUUACCUUUUUGGCUGCCAGAGACAGGAAUGUUCUUCAAAAGACCUAACUGGCAGUAUCACCGAUAACGUUAAGAGUAUACCUGUUAAAACACACACAGUCCUCGACGGAUGUGUCUUUGUGACAAGUCAUGGAGUUUACGAGUGUCGGCCAAGAGUGUCUCCCGAACACCUGUUUCUUGACCUGGCUGUCGGGAAGUUUGACCCGGCGUAUGCGGAAUCCCUUGGUGUCAGCAUUGGCCUUGAUCUGACGUCGUUGUUCGAACUCGGCGCUGACUAUUUGUUGCGAGCUGGAGAAGUUUCCCGAUCCAUACGACUCUACCAUCUCUCAAAGUGUUCGCACGUUAAGAGGGUUUCCAAUCUGGCUCAUCACGGACACGUCCAGGAGGUGUUGAGUCUGCUGCGCCAGGUUCUGGGAAACCCGCAGGUGGAGCUGGUCACCGUGGAGAGGAAACAGCUGGCUGACAUGGCCUUACACUGCUUCGUGUAUCAGUUGGGAUGCGACUCGGGCAACACGGCUGGGCUUCGUGAUUCUUUCAGAUCUUUUCUUCUGGGAAAUUUCUCAUUUGAUGAAAACACAGCUUUAAACCUUCUUGCUGAAUAUGGUCUUAUUGAGCUUUUGCUGGAAUUUGCUACGGCAAGGGGUCUGGUGAUGGAAACACUGGACCUGUUGAUCUCACAGUCUCAGUUUAAUAUUCCCAAGUCACAGCUUGCUGAUCUUGCCUGCCGAGGAUUCAGCGCACACUUGCUGAAAGCCGGAAAAGGCUUGUUACUUCAGUGUUUACCAGCAGACGAUCUUGUCAGCCUACUCGUGUGCCAGCCGCGAAUGGCGAUCGAGAACGUGCACCUCAUUGAGAGUCAGCUGACCCAGCUCAGUGAAGACAGUCUGUUGGCGCUGGCGGACAUCUUCGACCCGUCCAAGCCUGUGAUGAAGAGCUUCCUCACAAGGAGUCACAACUCACGGAACAGGACAACCAGUAUCAGCAGUAUUAACUCCCUGACAUCAUACACAAGUGAUGCUGACUUUUGUUUGAUGCCCACAGAAGUGAUGAUGUCAAAGCUUGUGGCGUUCUUUGUGCAUGUAAUUCUGUUACUGAACAGACAAAGAGAUGUGGGUAGUGACAAACUGAAUGUUACCGACAUGCUGAGUGACCUUGACACAGAGUUAGCCAAACACAGAGCCAGGAAGAAAAGUAUGGAUGAGACCAAACGGAAGCUGGCUCUACAGCCGUCUCUGAUUGGCUGUCAGAGUAGCCAUGCAGCCCUGAUCAGAGACGGGGAUUUGUACACCUGGGGGAACUCAAGACAUGGCAGACUGGGACAUGGAGAUCUUGUAGCUGAAAAGAGCGUCUGCUUGCCGUGUCGGGUGGAGACUCUUCACAUGUUACAGAUUCAGGUCCGCUCAGUGGCCUGCGGGAGGAAUCACACUGUGGUCAUCACAAAUCAGGGGGUGUAUGGCUGGGGUUGUUCACGUUACGGGCAGGUGGGUGUGGGUACAACACAUUCCUACAGCCGUCCCAUGUUAAUAGAGACUCUAGCGAGUGAGACCUGUGUAAGUGUGGACUGCGGCCAGUACCACACCCUAGUUCUCACGGCAGACAGUCAAUUGUACAGCUGGGGUUGGGGUGUGCAUGGACAGCUAGGUCACAGUGACCCUGAAGACAGACUUGUGCCCACUCUCAUCAAAACACUGAGUGGGAAAAACAUUGUGAGGAUAGCUGCUGGAUACUGUCACAGUUUGGCUCUUACAGAGCAGGGUGACCUGUACGUGUUUGGCUGUGGCUAUUUCGGCCAGCUUGGUCUGGGAAACAACCUGAAACAAUCCACCCCUGUUAGAUUACACACCGUCGAUGAACCAAUCACAGCCAUUGGUGCCAAGUAUUUCACAUCUAUUGUAGUCACUGCUGGUAACCACGUGUACACCUGGGGCUGUCAUCCGUGCGGUCUGCGCUACUCGGCACAGAUUGUUCGCCGAUCACGUCAACACGGGCAGCCACUCCGUGAUCCCAUCGACAGCUUCCUCGCUCCGACUUUAGUUGAUACUAUUUAUGUUAAUGGAAACAUCACUCAGGUCGCUAGUGGAAGUCUACACUGCAUUCUUCUGACAACAGAAGGUGAAGUUUACACAUGGGGCCACAAUAUGGAUGGACAGCUUGGGACUGGGACCAAACAGGAGGAAAAACAACCCAAAAUGUUGACAAAGAUCAACGACCGCCAUAUUGUGAUGGUGAAGUCAGGAGGAGAGUUUAAUGUUGCUAUGGAUACAAACAACCAAAUAUUGGUGUGGGGCAAGAAUGACAUGGGACAGCUUGGAAUGCAACUACCCGAAAAUUCUGAAUCGUCCCGACAGAAACUACAUUCUCACCGCAGACACAGAAUAGACCCAGCCCAGGAAGCUCUGACACCGGUCGUUCUCAGAGGAAUACCAGUCAAUGACCCGAACAUGCAGUCACUAUGGCAACAGGCAUCUUCUGAGAGUGGUGAUUUAGAAUUAUGGUUAUCGGAGGAUUCUAAAGAUGACUGUCAACUGAAUAUGUUACCAAGCCUGGAGACGGUGGGAAACACAAAGUAUUGUCGAAAAGUUAUCGCUGUUGUGACAAAGGUGUUAUCCCACCUGUGUAGUGGCACGGAGAUUCUGCGACUUUGUGUCGACCACAGCGAUUGGUUAACAGCUGCUGAUAUUAACAUCCUCUUGGAGAACAAUGCACAGGCUUUGUGUUACCAUUUACAUGCUCUCUCUGAAAGAAGACCCAGCAUGCAGACAGAGAUGUUCCGUCACAUGACCAUUCAAGUUGUACAGCAUCACAUCAGGCUGUGUGUGAAGAAAACUGAGACUGAGAGAGAACAGACUGAGGAACUGAAGACUAUGGUGCUUGAGAUGCUGAGACACUGGGACCUGUGUGAACUGCCACUCACUGACCUGGAGACGGUCUUCACAAACAAUCUGCAGUCAUUAGCUUACCCCAUCGGUCUCGUCUUGUUUAGGGACCGUGCUCGAUCUACUAAGAAUGUGUCCCAAGAAGAUUCUGAAACGUCCACCCAGCUGUACGUAGAACGGUUUUCAACAUCGUUCUGUUUGAAAGUUCUUCAUUUGGUUCUCUCGCACUUCAGCAAAGACGACAGCAAACUGACCAAAGAGUGGAAUUCCUGGCAGCUGUCGUCUGCACCGCCCAGUCAGGAUAGCGGCAGCAGGUCGAGGGUUGAGGUUCAGUGUAGAGAGAAACUCGUUCCGUAUGACCAGGUGUGGCGGGAUAUCGUCCGCAACCUGGAGAAGAUCGCCGAUGCUCAGAGAUGUAUUUUACUGACACGCAGCGAGAUGGACCACCUAGAGGAACAGGCAGAACAGAUCAAAGAAGAGGACACUUGUGACAAGUCUUUGGCCGUGUUGUUUACUUGCGGACAUCACUUCACCCAGCAGACGUUCAAGAACGAAGUGCUUGUCAGUCUGGAAAAUGAACUCACGGACAGUCCCAAUAAACUGCCCUUCACAGCAUCGCUCCUCAAACAGUAUUACUCCAGGGAGGGGUUGCUUCCCCUGGCCUGUCCUAAGUGUGUACUACAAGCAGUGGCGACUUUAUCAUGAUGACAGUAUUAAAUCAUUUUUCACAGCACCAGUUGCCUUAAAAUUAUAAAACAGAUUUUUGUACAUUAAAUCACAGGGCUCAAACUUAACGACAGAACUGACAGCAAUUGCCAUAAUUGCAAUAUAAAGUGCUGUAGGUCAAGGACUUUACUGAUAGCAGUUUUUUGUCACUGGAUAAAAAUUAUUGCCAUCAGUUGAAGCAGUAAUUUUUGGUUUUUAUAUUUGUUGCAAAGGUUACUGGUUUAAAAUUGAUGAAGGUUUACUAAAAAUUUCCAUCAGUGAGCAUUUUGCCUAUGGCAAAAACAUUUCAAAAGUGCUGUAGGCAACAAAUUCUGAUGUUCGAGCUCUGAAAUUACAGACAUGACCGAUAAGUACGGUGUUUUUUCUUGAUUGUUAACAUAAUGAUUGUGGUGUUACAACCAUAGCUCUAUGGCAUUUAUAUUAAAGCCUGUGGUAGUGUGUUGUAUGUGGAAAAUUAAAUGUAAGAUUCCUUCAUUUGCUCUCAUUGGUUAGAUGUUGGUGCAGCGACAUCAUUAGAGUAAUCAUAUAUUUCAUGACUGCAAAGUUUUUAAAGCAACAAAUGUGAUUCUGUAUUAUAUUCUUCUGUGCAAUAUUUAUUACAGCUGUUAUAAUGAUCGCUUUGCUAUAUUUAUAUUUAUAUUUAUACAUAUAUUGUAUAAUUUGCAUUGUUAUAAUAUAUAUAUUUGUAUCUAAGAAAAAAAUUAUAAACAUGUAUUUAAUAAAUAUAUGAAAGAU